AUGGCGACACAUGGUUUCUUCGAUGAUGAUCUGUAUGACUUUGGAGCUGCAGCUCACGAGGACCCUGAUGGCGCCGACAGCGCUGAGCUGAGCGACAGGAACCCUGGCUCCGUUGAGUUGGGGGAUGAUGGCGCCGGCUCACGGUUGGAAAGUGCGAAUGGAUCGGCUUCGUCGUCUACUACCCGAAGGCGUCGGCGUGGGCAGCGCGGCGGCAAAGGGGGCUUGGGCGAUGCUGGUCCGGAGAAGAAGUGGAGGUCGGGGGCUAUCCCCACGGCCCCGGCUUUUGAUGGAGAUGUGGAGGCAAACCCGUAUUGUCUCCGGCUUUAUCGUCGCAAGUUGAUGAGAUGGGUUAGACUGACCAAGGAGUACCUCCCCGCCAGCGAGCAGGCGCUCAGGGCCUUGGAGCAGUUGCGUGGCGAUGCUGAGCUUGAGUUCGAGGAGAUCGACGACUCCCGGUUCGACCACCCGGACGGCAUCAGCAGACUGCUUCAGGACCUGGAAGUCUCUUUUGGGGAAAGAGAACUGUUUCGGCAAGGAGGUGUGAUCCGCGAGUUCGAGUCGAUUGGCCGGAUGCAGGGCGAGUCGAUCACGGCGUAUAUCCGCCGGUUCAGACUGCUGGAGCGGAAACUCGCGGAGAACAAGGUUCCCGUCUACCCCGAAGCAGCAAGAGUGGUGAAGUUGCUGGAUGGGCUGAGGUUGGACGAGAAAGCUACGUCUACGGUGUUGCUCGCGGCCGGGAACAAGUACGACAUGAAGGCGGUCUUGGAGGCCCUGAGGAUCCAGUAUCCUCCAGGGAUGAGCGUGACGGGAGUUCCGAAGGGAUUGGCAACCCUGGCGAUAAGGACUAGCCGCUCUACAUCCUCGAGGGCCUCCUCGUUCAAGUCGAGCUCUACCGCCACCUCGUCCCGUCGAAGUCGGGCUUCCAAGGGUUCUCGCUGGACGCAGUGGCAGACUGGUUGGGAGGACGCCUUGCCGGAAGAGCCGGCCGUGGACAUCGACUUCGAGGAGGACGAGCCCGAGAAUUACCUGACCAACGAGAUUGACUACGUGGAAGAGCCCAAUGAGGAGCCCGAGGUCCUGGAUGAGGCUGAAGAGGAGCUCGUUCCGGAGUACCCCGACUACCAGGAGGCGGACGAGAGCUUUGAGCCCGAGCCCUCCAAGGACAUGAAUGCCCUCCUGGCGGCAGCCGAAGCCUUGACAGUGACGUCCAAGCGGCUCGCAAGUUUGGUGCAGGCCCGAGGCUACUAUCAUGUCGAUGGCAAGAGCAAGGGCAAGUCCAAGUCUGCUGGCGCCGAGAAGAAGGGCAAAGGGAAAGGGGGACACAUGGGAGCGAAAUCUGGUGGCAAGAGUGGCAAAGGCACGCGCAAGGGCAUGGGCAAGCAGGGCGGCAAAGGCUCUGGAGACAAGCAGGCCCGUUUGCGUGGCUCCUUGUGUUUGGGCUGCGGGGCGGCCGACCACUGGGUGAGAGAUUGCCCGCACAUGUCCAGCUACCAGGCCCAAUUAGCAUCCGCUGACCUCGAGCUCGAUCCCGAGGGUAGCCCAGUUCACUGCUGGAUGACCUCGGCAAGCUUGGAGCUACCAGCGCACUCCCGAGAAAAUUGUCAGGCCGAGCCAGUAUAUCAUGUUCCUAGACCUCCCUCCAUCAUGUUGAGUACGUGCAUGGACGCUUCGUAUCUGAUAGCAGACACAGGGUGCCAGCGUCAGGUUGCAGGGGUCAAGUGGCAUGAGCAAAGGGUCCACGAGAUCCUUCCACUACAGCGAGAGUCGCAUGCAGAGGUGUGCAAGUUCUCUUUUGGUCCUGCGGACGGACUGCCAAGCCUUGGGAGGCACCUUUAUCCGGCGGGCAUUGCGGGUGAGUUGGUGGCUUUGGGGAUCAGCGAAAUCGAUUCUGCAGCUCCAGGGCUCCUCUCACGUCCCACCAUGGAGGCUUUGGGUGCGGUACCUGACCUGUUGGAGGGCAAGGUGUUUUUCCGGGCUUUGGGGGGAAGAUCUACACGCCUGUAUUUGAGUCCAUGUCGGCAUUUGGCAUUGAAGAUCGAUGAGUGGCCAGAGCAUUCCGUUGACUGGACCAACAUGUUGGAACAAGUCACUUGCAGUGCACAUGGCCCACCUGACGUGUAUCACAAGAACAUGUUUCCGCCGGAGCGUGAGCUGGUCCACACCACGCAGCAGGCAGUGCUGUACUACUCCGCGGCCUCGUUGAAGCCCAGGCUGAAGGACAAGAUCCUGGAGAUGUUCAUGGAGCCCUGCACGGCAGUCACGAUGAUGACAACGCAGGCGGCUAUGGCGGCAGCGGCGCACUUGCAGCUGAACAAGUACCCCAAGGAACCCGACAAGUGCAGCCACCCCCAGGGCACUCGCAACUACUCGGCUGCCGGGACGAGGAUCCAGAUCUGCGACGUGUGCGGUUCCCGGUGGGUGAUCAUGGCCAACGGCAGCACCGUGGAAGCCACUCCGAAGGCCAAUCCCAAUGCGAGGACGCCACUGGACCUGAGCGACGCAGCCAAGCAGCGGAUCAAGGACAGCAAGAAGGCCACCGCCAAAGGCAAAGCCGCCGGAGGUACCCCGUCAUCGGGAAGCUUGUCACAACCAUCCUCGGGGUACUCGCGGGUGUCAUCGCUGGUCAGUCCUCGUCUUCAAGCACCGCCGCCACCGCGCCCGAGCACAGCUAUGCAACAGGCAGCUGGUCAGACUCGGAGUCAGAUACCGAAGGCCUACCGCAUGAAUGGGCAGCCACCUCGGAGAUCGCUGUAUCCUCAAGACCAGCGCUCCAUGAUCUCAGAGCCGGACACACAGGACGACGGACUCUCGGACAACAUGAGCGUGAUAAACCCCUCCGAGGGAGAAGGCUCGAGACAACGUGUGAGACAGUGGCAGCGCGGCAACCUGGGCAAUCGAGGACGAGGCCUCCCACUCCGACAAGCGCAGCCACCUCCUCUCGAGAACCCCAACGACCAGGACUGGACCGGGGCCGACGAGGCUCAGGAAGCGGCGGAGUUCCACGAUUACAUGAUGGCCAGGAACCACGAUCCGAACUACUGGGAGGAGAUGAUGGACCGAGACGAUUGGGACGAGGAUAUGAGGGCACGGAUGCCGCCGGACAUGCGCGACCGAGAGUGCUUCAUGAUCAAGCGAGGCACUAGGAAGAGACUGUCCGGAAUGGCUCGUUCCCUUUGGCAAGACUGGCAAGCCGAGGCCAAGGUCUACAUGAGCCGGGCCCAAAAGUGUCGCAGCCUUCGGAAGCACAAGGUGGACGUGGUGGAAGUUUAUGGUGGACAUGCUGCCAUCACGGAGUUUGCGAUAAAGGAAGGCCUACGAGUGUUACAACCGGUGGACCAGAUCUAUGGCCAUGCCCUGAACUCCAUGGCAGACUUCGACUGGCUGGAGAAGACUUUGGAACGCUGGCUACCUGUGCUGGUGAUCUGGGAAAUUUCGUGCACGGCAUGGACAAGUCUACAGCACCUCUCCCGCUCCGCCGAAGAAAUCGAGGCCCUACGAGCACUACAACGUCGUGCCAUUAACUCCAUGGUUCGCAUCAUCAUGAAGUUGCAGAGCAUGGGGGUACACUUCUUGAUUGAGAACCCCUACGGCACGGCCUUUUGGAAACAACCCGGGCUUCUGAAGUUGCAGGCCCUCCCCGGGGUGGAGUUCCGAAUGGGUUGCAUGUGCGAGUUCGGUCUUUGUGAUGGGCAUGGUCAGCUACUCAAGAAGCCUACUGGCUGGCUGAGUGACAUGCCCGAGCUGCUGGAUGAGUUGGCAAGGCCUUGUUCCGGCCAACAUGAACAUGGACAGUGUAUAGGGGGCAAUGUCGCGAAGAAGGCGCAGGUCUACACCAACCAACUGGCCCGUGCUUGCAUACGAGGCUUGAAACAAGGCCUUCGACGACUUGGUGAUGAGAGAUGGAACAGGUACUACCUCACGGAGAGCGACCUCCCUGGUGAACCCUUGGUUUGGACCGGCGACAUCAACCACGGAGACACGCCGGAGGACUUUGAGCUUCAUUGGGAGCCGCCAGGCGAGCUGAAGGUCGACAUCUACUUCUUGGAUAUUAACCGCCACACCGAAUCGUGGCAACCUCUUCUGAGAGAAGCCGAAGGCCGCUUCAAGAACAUCACCACGAACACCAUUACCUUGAAGCCGUCCCCGUUCUUUGAGAAGGUCAAGUCUUUGGUGCCCUGGACACUGCAACGCGUGCAGCUGAGCAAGGCACCAAAACAGCGACGACUACCUGAUGAGGUGUUGAUGAACGGGGCAAAACAUCGUGGCGCCGCCUUGUGGUGCAAUGACGAUGAGAUUCGCCUUGAGGCCGAGGAGAUCAAGGCAAUUGCGCAUGCGCCGGCAAGCAAAUAUGAGAAGCCCGUGCGCCUGGCGAUCUACUUCUACGGCGUUGCUCCUGCGAGCAGCAUGAAUCCUUCUGAAGAUGCUCAACCUGAGCCUCCUCGACAGCCAGCACAACCCGAGCAGGUUGACGUCUCCGAUCGCAUGCUGCCUCACCAGCCGGGAUACCGUGACAUUUCCUUUCCGGGCAUUGACGUGCCUAUGUGGAUUCAACAAGUACUACGACGUCUACAUUGCAACUUGGGGCAUCCACCGAAGGAAGUGCUGGUGAGACAACUGGCUCUGGCCAAUGCAUCCGAGACCGCCAUCAAGGGAGCACGACACCUUCGCUGUGAAGUUUGUUUGAGAGUGGCGCCACCACAUCAACCCAGGGCAGUCAAGGCAUACCAGCCCAAGCGGUUCAACGACCGCGUGUGUCUGGAUAUUGUCUACAUCAAGGACAUCUGCAAAAAGGUCCACAUGUAUCUGAACUGUGUGGACGACGCUACAAGUUACCAGGCCGCCUCUUACAUCCACGACAGGACCGAGGAUACCAUCAUCCGGAGCCUCCUCAAUGGUUGGUUCACCUUCUUUGGCCCCCCGGAUGAGAUGGCAGUGGAUGCGGAGGGCGCCUUCCGGGGCAUGAAGUUUGAGAUGCUUCACGCUCAGAUGAAUGUGGACAUCCGGUGCAUUCCUCCGGAUGCACACUGGCAACUGGGAAAAGCAGAAAGACAUGGGCAGGCCCUGAAGUGGAACGCGGCCCGCUUGGUGUCUCAGUUCGCAGCCAGCACAGUCCCUGAGGUGAACGUUUGUGUGGCCAUGGCGACGCACGCCAAGAACACCUUGAUCCGUCGAUCCGGCUCCUCUCCUUGCCAGUGGGUGUUCGGUCGUAAUCCCAAGCUGCCCGCUUCUCUCUUGAGCGAUGGAGGCAGCAUUGAGAGCUGCCAGCUUACUGCGGACAGUGAUCGUCUGCAACAGAUUGAAGCUGUACGUACCCAGGCCAUGAUGAACCACCACCAGUUUGAGGCCCACGCUGCCCUUCGAGCAGCCUUGCUGCGCAAGAGCCGCCCCUACCGCGGCCAGCUGUUUCCUGGACAGAAGGUAGCGUACUACCGCCUUCGCUCAACGCAGUUCGACGGCGAGGGGUCUACUGAGGGCUACAGGCAGGGCAUCGUGUUGGCGCUCGACCGCAACCCCAGUUCCAAUGUGGCCGUGAAUGUGUGGGUGCGCAACAGCCGUGGCCGUGUGGUUCAGUGCGCGCCUGAACAGGUGCGGCCCGUAUUUGGUGAGCAGGAAUGGUGGACUCCCGAUGGGCAGGACUUGGAGGUCUUGAAAAAUGUUGACCAGGCGUUUCCUGUGCUGGAUGCUGAUGGCCGGCCCACUGAGCCCGCCAUGUUGAACCCAGUGCUGAUGCUGCCGCCUACGCCGGCACCUUCCACGCCUGUGAGCCUGGCACUCCUCCAGAUCGUGCACAUCUACCCGAUCAACGUUCUGAACCAGGUCCUUCUAGUGAGCCUGGCACUCAUCCAGAUCGUGCACAUCUACCCGAUCAACGUUCCGAACCUGGUCCUUCACAUGUGGGCAUCGGGCAGUGGCCUUACACAAGAACUGGAACGUCUCAUGACCGAGGAGUAUCCUGAGCUUCGAGGUCUAAAACGACAACCUGACAUCCCGACAAGCGAGUUGGACGCUCACGUGAAGUCUGCGCCAGCUCAGCCUACUGGACCUUUCCCUGAGGGCCAGGAAAUUCUCCUGACGUUCUGUCAACAAUGCGGUGAUCAACAUCGUGUGAGGCAGGGCGAUUUGAGCGUAUGCGCUCGUUGUAGCUGCGGCGACUUUGUGGACUCUCCGAAGGAUGUGGUCUCUUGGUACGACGAGAUACAGGAAAGGGAGGCCUUCGACAAGAUUUUGGUGCCCGGAGGUAAGACGAAGGGCCCUGGAGGAGCUCCCGAGCACAGUUCUCCUGACUCACUGCCUCAGACCCUGAGUUCCGAGGACGCCGGCUAUGACAACCUUUUCUUUGAGCAGUUUUCCUGUAAGCCUGUGAGAAAUUCUAUGCAUCGACUUGAGGUUCUACGACGACAUGGUCGCGAGGCAACUUUGCGAAGCGGUUGGGACGGCAGCCCUGAGGAGGUGCAAGCAGCCUACGUGCAAAAUGCCUUCUUGACCGCGGCACACCACUUCGGCGACCAUGACCAAGAUGAGACAACCAGCGCAAAGAAGGAAGGCGAGACGACAGCAUGGACUACCACGACAAGCUCCACUCCUACUACCUUGACAGAGCGUCUGGCGUCGCAGAUGCUCGAGCAGGGUGACUUCAGCCACCAAACAUGCCAUCAGAUCUUGGACACCUUGGAGUUCAAGAGGAAGACUACAACGACACGCCAAGCCAUGGAAACAGAGGCCGAGGAUUCCGGAACCCUGUUGCUGGGACUUUAUAGCUACGGUGCCAAUGUGGGCCUCACCAAUGCCACGGCACACUAUCGCAAGCUGGCCCAGUAUCUGGCGGCAUACUUGAAGAACCACGGCAUGUCUUCCGGUGUCACCAGCAUCCAGGUGACGAAGAAUGCGGUGGCUAAGCCGCACAAGGAUGUGAACAACGCGGCCGGAUCCUUGAACUGGCAUGUCUCCUUGGGCAACUACAGGGGUGGCAAGCUGUGGGUGGAAAGCAGCUCACAAAAGUUCCCCGAUGACCCUCGAACAGUCCAGCGCGACAUCGAAGGCCAACUUCGAAGAGGCUAUUUGACCGAUGUGCGCCAGAGGCUCAUCUCGUUCGACCCUAAGUGCUUCCACUUCACGGAGGAUUACCAGGGCGAGAGGUAUGGCAUCACCGCUUUCCACACGCGGCUGUAUGCUCAGGCGACGAGCGGUGACCGAGCCCGUUUGGCUCAAUUGGGCUUCCCACGGCCCAUUCCGAAUCGGACCUGGUUGAGCGAGCCCGCCUUCUCAGCCUACCCUGUCAAGCUGCAGUCCGAGGCCGCAGAUGAAGGGGAGACGCUUCUGGCCAUGGAGUCCAGUGCGGAGGAGGGCGACGACGGCACGUUCGAGACCAGAAGAGCGGCCAAGCAGGCCCGAAAGAAGGAAGUUCCUUGGCAAAGCAUGACCCCUGAGGAGGUGCCAGAGUUUGUCCGAGCACUUCAGCAGGAGUGGAGCGAGUGGGAACGCUGGUCAAGCUGCAAGCCGGUGUGGGUGCGAGCUGGCGAAGUGGCGGCGCACUUGAUCCUGCGCAGCCGUGUGUGUUAUCGAUGGAAGCCUACGGCAGAUGGGGGCCAAAAACCAAAGGCUCGCAUUGUGGUGCUUGGUUUCCGUGAUCCUCACCUUCCCUGGCUGGCGAGAGAUGCACCCGUGUUAUCCCGAACGGCAUUUCACCUGAUACUGCAGUGGGCCGCAUCACACCAGGUGAAGCUUCACAACGCCGACUGCAAGAGCGCUUUUCUCCAGGGAGAUCCGGAUGUGGAACGACCGGAGAACAUUUACAUGCGCCCCCCACAGGAUCCAGUGGCACAAGAAGCCAACCCAGAUUGGCAGGACAGCCGCUUGCUGUACCGGCUAACAGCCCCCGUGUACGGGCAGGCCAACGCUCCACGACAGUGGUAUGAACACGUGGUUCGCAUACUACAGGCCUUGGGCUGGGUGCGCCACACCUUGGAUCCAUGUCUCUUCCUGUGGAAACAGGAUGGCUACGUGGUAGCCGUGCUGGGGAUCCAUGUCGACGACCUGAUCGCCGGGGCCUUGAAGGACCACGAGAAGACGCUGAAGGAUGUGGAGAAGUCGUUCACUUGGGGGUCUCCAUGGACAGACAGUGACUUCGUCUUCGUGGGCAGGCAUAUUAAGCAGUGGCCCGACGGAAGCAUCACGGUUGACCAGGCCAGCUAUGUGAGCGAAGUGCCGACGACCAAGGUAAAGCUGGAGGAUGACGUGAAGCUUAGUGGGCAUCCGGCCUUGGUGACCGAGUUUCGGUCGGGCAUAGGGUCCUUGCAGUGGCUGGCCGGGACCACCCGCGGGGACAUCGCUGCUGAUGUGAGUUUGAUUCAGCGCUCGCCGGCUGACUUGUGCGUCAGCGAUCUCAAGGAGGUCAAUGGCGUGCUUCGCUAUGUGCGUGCAACGUCGGACGCCUACUUCAAGGUUGUGCCGCUCAGCUUCGCAGACCUCAUCCUGGUGUGCUACGGAGAUUCUGGUUGGGCUAACGCCCCUGGGCACAAGUCACAGGGAGGACUGGUGAUCACGGCUACAACAAAAAAGGCCCUGACGCAAAGGCAGGACGCCUCACUUCUUGAGUGGAAAAGUUAUCGCCACCAGCGUGUGCUUCGCUCGACCUUGGCGGCGGAGGCGGCUUCCCUGGACAAGGCCUACGACCAUGGCCACUACAUGGCGAUGAUGCUGAGUGAGAUGAUGGAUGGCCGCUUCCUGGCCACAAUGAAUGAGAGGCCGCUGUGUGAAGUUGUCCCCGUCACGGACGCCAGGUCCCUUUGGGACUCCAUCCACCGCCUCAGCACGAACUUUCAGGAGAAGCGGGUGGAGAUCGACGUGGCAGCCCUGAGGCAGACAUGUAAGGGCCUUCGCUGGGUUCCCACCGAGAGCCAAAUGGCCGAUGCGCUGACCAAAAGGUCAAAGUCCCUUCGGGACCAGUUUCGCCAGUGGAUGGCGUCUCCCUUUGUAACGUUGGUUGAUAGCAAGCAGCCCUCUGACGUUGUUACAGGGGCCGACGCCAACAAGGCUUGGCGCAACUAG